ACAUACAUACACAUACACAUAUUUGCACUCUAUAUCAUCUCCAUAUCUCACGUAUCUUCUCUCUUUAUGCAAACGACCAUCACCAUGAAUCAAGAACACAAUACCACAACUCCAAUACCAAAAGCUUCAUUAUUGUUACUAGAGGAUGAUCUAUGCAAGAGAGAAUCAGAGAUCUCAAGAAACUCAUCGGUGGGAGUUUCUUCUAGAUUGUUCUAUUACUACCAUCAUCGAAGUUUCAACGAAGGAGUUCCUUUUAAGUGGGAGAUGCAGCCGGGAACACCGAUCAAUCCUCCGCCGGAAGAAAUCAUUCGUCCGAUUACACCUCCUCCGGCGUUUCUCAGCCUUGGUUUCCCUAAACCCUCAAUCUCAGUCGUCGGAGGUUCUAAUAAACAUUCUCUUUUCCCGGCGAAUCUUAAGCUUUGGAGAUGGAAGAAUCUGCGUAAGAGAUAUCUCUCUAGAUGGUCAAGCCAAAGCAUGCUUAAUAAAGAUUAUCAUAUUUCUCGUGACGGUAAUUCAAAUUCUUGUGAUGAAUUGGAGAGAUUCGAGGAGUUUAAGGAUUACAGGUCGAGCUCAUGUUCUUCUUCGUCGUCGUCUUCCUCGAAAGAUCGGAGAUUGAUAAAGGCUUCACCACGUCAAUGGUUUAGCGGUUGUCCAUCUCGGAAUUCAAGAAACAAUCAUACCGGUUUUCAUUAAAGUUAUACUCUUGAAUUAUUGUUUUGUACCAGAUUAAUAGUUAGACAAUAAGAAGAAAAAAAGCAAA